AUGGCUGAAGAGGACAACUGGAUCAGUGGAGUUUCAGACUGUAAGUUUAGCGUAUUAAACUGGGAGCAGGUCCAGCGUCUAGACGUCAUCCUGAACGAGAGCAUCCCGAUUCAUGGCCGCGGAAAUUUCCCCACGCUGCAGAAGAAUCCGCGGCAGAUCGUGACAGCUGUGCGGAGUCGCAUGCGGGAUCAGCGCAUCCAUUUGCGGGAUGUGCGGCUCAACGGAUCCGCCGCCAGCCACGUACUGCACGAGGACAGCGGGCUCGGUUAUAAAGACCUGGACAUCAUAUUCUGCGCGGACCUUAAGGCAGAGAACCAGUUUCAGAUGGUCAAGAAUAUUGUCCUAGACUGUCUUUUUGACUUUUUACCCGAGGGGGUCAAUCAGGAGAAAAUUACCCCACUGACACUGAAGGAAGCAUAUGUACAGAAGAUGGUGAAGGUGUGUAAUGAUUCAGAUCGCUGGAGUCUGAUCUCCCUCUCCAACAACAGGGGCAAAAACGUAGAGCUAAAGUUUGUGGACUCCUUGCGUCGACACUUCGAGUUCAGCGUUGAUUCUUUCCAGAUUAAGCUAGACUCUUUGCUUCUUUUCUACGAGUGCUCAGAGAACCUGAUGGCCAAGAACUUUCAUCCCACCAUAAUUGGCGAGAGCGUGUACGGAGAUUUUGCUGCUGCCUUGGACCACCUGCGCAACAAGGUGAUCUGCACUAGAAACCCAGAGGAGAUCCGGGGAGGAUGUCUCCUGAAGUACUGCCACCUUCUGGUUAGAGGAUUCCGAGCCGCUUCGGAGUCAGAUAUAAAGGCUCUCCAGCGCUACAUGUGUUCUCGCUUCUUCAUUGACUUUUCGGGUAUCAGUGAGCAGCAGUGGAAACUUUAGUCAUACCUCCAGAACCACUUUGUAGGACUGGAGGACUGCAAGUAUGAUUAUCUUAUGAGAUUGCAUGGGGUGGUGAACGAAAGUACGGUGUGUCUGAUGGGACAAGAGAGGCGUCAGGCGCUAGGGUUGACAGUGUUGGCAGUCCAUGUGCUGUCCGAGCAGAACGUCAUACCCAAUGUGGUAAACGUCACCUGCUACUAUCAGCCUGCCCCCUAUGUAGCAGACAUUAACUUUAAAAAUUAAUACAUUGCCCAGGUUCAGCCCUUAUUUACCUGCCAUCACAAAUCCUUCUCUUCAUGGUUACCGUGCAACUGA